UCGUUUCCCGUACUCUUUCCUUUAGACUCAUUCUAUCACCCCCAAAAAGAAAAGUGCUUAUAUUCCCAUUAACCAUGCCUUCGAGUGGACUUAUAGUUUACGGGCAAUGAACAUGGGCCUUUUCCGGCGACUCUUUGGCUCCAAAAAGGCCUCCCAACCCCGUCCCGAUAAAGAAAGGGGGCGUUGGAGCUUUGCCAGAUCUUCCAAUCCCACGUCUUCAAGCUCCCAUCUUGAUGCUCUUUCUGGUCCAUGCAUUGACACAUUGGAUGCCAGCAAACACGCCAUAGCAGUGGCAGCAGCCACUGCUGCUGUAGCUGAGGCUGCCCUUGCGGCAGCUCAUGCGGCCGCUGAGGUCGUUAGGCUGACAAGUGGUGGUGGUGGGGGCAGCGCCGGAGGGAGCAACCGACGCCUUGCACAGGAGAUGGCAGCUGUCAAGAUACAGUCCGCUUUUCGAGGUUAUCUGGCACGGAGGGCACUGAGGGCAUUGAAAGCGUUGGUGAAGCUUCAAGCACUAGUGAGAGGCCACAUUGUGAGAAAGCAAACAGCAGACAUGCUCAGACGCAUGCAAACAUUGGUCAGACUACAAGCUCGAGCCCGUGCUAGUCGUGCUUAUGCGACAAAAUCUUUGGAUUCAGCCGGGAAGAUGUCCCAUUCACGCAAUGCUGUCCUUGCAAGUUCUAUAAAAGAUGAAUGCCAACUUCGUGCUUAUAGCACUAAAUUUGAUGGGCCCUCAAUCCUAAAGAGAUGUGGUUCAAAUUCAAACCUGAGGGACAUCAUUAAUCUAGAGAAAGCACAAAUGGGUUCGAAUUGGUUGGACCAUUGGAUGGAGGAAAGUUUAAGGAAUCACCAGAGAGAUGCUCCGCUUAGACAUAGGCAUGUUGAUGAUGAGAAUAGUGACAAAAUCCUUGAAGUAGAUACUUGGAAACCUCGUUUGAACUCCCAACAAAGUAACAGGAACUUUAGGGCAUCUCAGCAUGGUUCAGCUUUGGAUUAUAACCAGACCUUUAUGGCAUACGAUUCCCCAAGAAAAUUAUCUGGAAAAGCUUCAAAUUCCCUAGCAAAUCUCGCUUCAGCAGAAGUUUUAUCAUUAAGCUCUCUGAAAUAUCCGGGAGGGAAGGAUGAAGCGGUUUUAAGGACUGCUGACAACAGCCCACAACCGCUUUCUGCAUCAUCGAGACCUGGAAGUAGUGCUAGGAGAAGUCCUUUCACACCCACAAGGAGUGAGUGCUCAUGGGGCUAUUUAAGUGGAUAUUAUGGUCACCCAAAUUACAUGGCUAACACAGAAUCAUCCCGGGCUAAGUAUCGGUCCCAAAGUGCUCCGAGGCAGAGGCUGGAGUUUGACAAAUAUGGUUCAACCAGAAGAACUUUUCAGGGGUUGUGGGAUGCAGGGAGAAAUUCAGAAAGAGAUUUUGCUCAACAUGUUGACUUUAGUUACAGGACUCAUCCAGCAUCUGAUCGCUUGAAUAGGCUUAGUAGUGCCAACCCAAGGGAAUGAUCCCCCCACCCCUCUUCCUAUUUUCAUUUCCUGGUGUGUGACAGCCGUGCUAGGGUUGUAAUUAAUUUGCCUUGAUGUCACAAACUUUGAUCCUGCACGAUCAAAUUUAACAUUAUCGAUAUUGAAAAUGGACACGGCUUCUAAAAAAAAUUAGUAGUAUGACUGUCGUUUGCUCCAAAAUGUUUAGAUUUUUUGUUUACAGUCACUUGGUGUGUGUCACAUGAUGUGCUCUGUUGAUAGAUCGUUAAUUUUUAAUUUUUAAUAAUUUGUAGCAUGAAAAUUAAAGAAAAAAAAAGUUGCAGGAACUGGGAUUAGAUAUUCAGAUCUUCGGCUUUCAGUCCAUAAGUUAGAUUGUAUUUGUGUAACAUGGUUAUGAGCCAGCUUUGCUCUAGCUGGCUUGUCUUUUAACUGUUUUAGGACACUUUCAACGUUCAACUCGAAAUUAUUUUGAAAAUAAUAACAAAAGAAAACAAAAAAAUUUCAGUUCGAGUUAUGCCUAUUUCCCACUGUACAUUCACGGAGGUUAAAAUCCCCCCAUAUACUUUCUCCCAAUGGCCUUGUUUCAUUGUUUGUCUUUGUCUUAUCAACUGUUUGUCUGAAUUGGCAACAUAACAUGAUGAUGUUGAUUGUCAAAAUUCUUUUAUUAUCCAU